AAAAAUAAAGGCCAGAGUUUGGGAGACUUGCAACCAAGUUUCACAAAUACAGGGGCUUAAUCAAGUUAUUUCAUUAUCCAAUUAUUUUAUUAUAAGGCAAUUCCAACCUCUUAACCUCUCGAUCUCUUUCCUUCUCUCUGCUGCUUCUAUCUGGGAAUUGUUUCCUUCCCUUUCCUCUCUUUCUUUUUCUUGUAUUUGGCUUCUUCUACUAUUUUGGGAUACAAUAUCUCGGAUCUUUCUGUUCCCAAACUGAAACUUUUCCUCAUCAAAAGCCUGUACAGAUAGAGAAGAGUUUGCACAUAGAUUAAGAAAGGAAUAAUUUUGUCGGAAAAAUGGUUGCUCGUGCCGUGUUGUCUGCUUGGCCAUGGGAGAACUUGGGCACCUUCAAGUAUCUGUUGUAUGGACCUUUUAUUGGAAAAUUGUUAUACUCGAAGUUUCAUGAGGAUGCCCAAACGGAUACAUGGUGCCUGCACAUUCUCAUCCUAUGUGCACUUAGAGGUUUCAUUCACCAGUUAUGGUGCUCUUACAGCAACAUGCUUUUCUUCACCCGAAACCGCAGAAUUCAGAAACAAGGGGUUGAUUUCAAGCAGAUUGACAGAGAAUGGGACUGGGACAACUUCAUACUUCUUCAAGCUCUCAUUGCUUCAGUGGCCUUCUACAUCUUUCCAUUCCUUGCUGAUAUACCUGUAUGGAAUACAAGAGGCGUUAUUGCUGCUCUGAUACUCCACAUUGGGGUUUCAGAGCCUCUCUACUAUUGGGUACACCGACGCUUCCAUGGAAACUAUCUUUUUACCCGCUACCAUUCACUGCACCAUGCGUCUACAGUCACACAGUCCUUUACAGCCGGGAGCGCAACGUUUUUGGAGCAUCUGAUAUUAAGUGCGGUUGUUGGAAUUCCAAUACUGGGUUCUUCGCUCAUGGGAUUUGGAUCCAUCAGCAUGAUAUACGGAUAUGUCCUCAUCUUUGAUUUUCUCAGAUGCUUGGGGCACUCCAAUGUUGAAGUUGUUCCUCAUGCCAUGUUCCAUGCCUUUCCCUUCCUCAAGUACCUCAUCUACACACCUACAUACCACAGCCUGCACCACACUGAGAUGGGAACCAACUUCUGCCUUUUCAUGCCCCUCUUUGAUGCACUUGGGAACACCAUGAACUGCAAAUCAUGGGAGCUACACAAGAAGAUAACCUCUGAUACAGGAAAAUAUGGAAGAGUACCGGAUUUUGUGUUUCUGGCUCAUGUGGUGGAUGUAAUAUCAGCACUGCAUGUGCCUUUCGUUUUCCGAUCUUUUGGAUCAUUGCCAUUUGCAACAAGGAUCUUCUUGCUGCCAUUGUGGCCUCAGGCUUUCGUUAUAAUGCUACUGAUGUGGGCUUGGUCCAAGACAUUCCUUGUCACUUUCUACAAUCUAAGAGGCAGGUUGCACCAGACAUGGGCUGUUCCUAGGUUCGGUUUUCAGUAUUUCCUACCAUUUGCUACAGAGGGCAUCAACAAUCAAAUAGAGCAGGCCAUUUUAAGGGCUGAUAGGCUAGGCGUCAAGGUCAUUAGCCUUGCUGCAUUAAAUAAGAAUGAAGCUUUGAAUGGGGGUGGAACCCUCUUUGUUGACAAGCACCCCAAUCUUAAAGUUCGAGUGGUCCAUGGGAACACCUUGACAGCUGCAGUUAUCCUUCAUGAGAUCCCUCAAGGUGUCAAAGAGGUGUUCUUAACAGGAGCUACUUCAAAGCUGGGAAGAGCAAUUGCCCUGUACCUUUGUCAACGAAAAGUACGAGUUCUGAUGUUGACUCUAUCAACGGAAAGGUUCCAAAAGAUUCAGAGGGAAGCCCCGGUCGAAUUUCAAAACUACCUAGUCCAAGUGACCAAGUACCAAGCUGCCCAAAACUGUAAGACGUGGAUUGUGGGCAAGUGGAUCACACCAAGACAGCAGAACUGGGCCCCAUCAGGUGCACAUUUUCAUCAAUUCGUGGUCCCUCCCAUUCUGCCCUUCAGAAGAGACUGCACCUAUGGCGACCUUGCUGCCUUAAAAUUACCUGAAGAUGUCCAAGGGCUUGGGAGCUGUGAGUAUACCAUGGAAAGAGGAGUAGUCCACGCGUGUCAUGCGGGCGGCGUGGUCCAUCUCUUGGAAGGUUGGACUCACCAUGAAGUUGGGGCUCUGGACGUGGACAGAAUCGAUGUGGUUUGGAAAGCUGCAUUAAAACAUGGGCUGAAGCCAGUGAAUGAGGCCAUGGAACAAAAUCCUCAAUAAAACAACACAAAAAAUAAUCUUAUAUUGGAAAGAUGAUGAAGCCUUUGGUUGUAACAAGUCCAUUGUUUUUGCUUUGUUAUCAUUUUUUAUUUUUACUUUUAUAGGUGAGCAAACAAAAAAGUGGUUUAGUUUGCAAUUCACUUCAAGUGUCGUCGUAUAAUUGUACUAGUUGAUUCAUACCUUAAUGAAGCAAAGCUACCAUCCUAUUCUUCCUUCGCUUCUA